AUGUCUCGCAUGUGGGAGGUCGACCCGGAAACGAGGACAAAGCUCCUCCAAAUCUCCAAGACGAACGGAAAUGACAAGUGCUGCGAUUGCGGUGCCCCAUCGCCUCAAUGGGCCUCCCCGAAGUUUGGAACAUUUAUCUGCCUCAAUUGCGCCGGCACACAUCGCGGGCUAGGCGUGCACAUCUCCUUCGUCCGUUCGAUCACCAUGGACGCCUUCAAACACGCCGAGAUCCAACGCAUGGAGCUGGGAGGCAACGAUCCCUGGAAGUCCUUCUACGACGACCACCCGGUUACUGUCUCAGAAGGCCGCACAUUUGAAGACUCGACUAUCAAGGAACGAUAUGAAAGUGAGUCGGGCGAGGAAUGGAAGGAACGGUUAUCGUGCCAAGUCGACGGCCGCGAGUACGUCCAGGGCCAGGAGAAGAAGAAUAAUCCCUCGCGGUCGAGCACGCCCUUGAGCUUGGGCGGUGCUGCUGGCGCUGGCGCGGGCGCUGUAUCUGCCGCCCGGGCUGGGUCGCCUGCGGCGUCGUCCAUUCGCUCCAGUGACAGCCAGCGGGGUGGUGUGUCCGGCAAGAAGGAGCAGAACGAGGCUUACUUUGCGAAGCUGGGCAAUGAUAAUGCUAGUCGCGUCGAUAGCCUGCCGCCCUCACAGGGUGGGAAGUUUACGGGCUUCGGGGGUGGUAUGCCUGCGCCCUCUGCGAGUGAUCGGCGCUCUUCGCCAUUUGGAGGAUUUGGAGGUUGGGGCGGCGGUGGCGGUGGUCAGCCGUUUGAAGAUCUUCAGAAAGACCCGAUGGGCACUCUCACUAAAGGAUUUGGGUGGUUCACGUCGACGGUUGGCAAGAGCGCAAAACAGGUUAAUGAUGCUUAUCUACAGCCAACGGCUAAACAGCUGGCCGAAUCCGACUUCGCAGCCCAGGCCCGCAUCCAUGCUUCAACACUCGGCCAGAACCUGCAAACAGGCGUCCGCGGUGCUGCCGACCAAUUCAAUAAGUUUGUUGAAGGAGAAGAUGGACGUGGUGACGGACGCCGUAAUCGCGUGGAGCCUGAGCGCCGAGACUUCUGGGACGACUUCUCGUCAAUGGGCGACCAAGAUACAUCCAACCACCGCCGUAGCGCAUCACAACGGUCUCAACGGUCUGACGUUGUUGGAACCGCUGCCAUGCGCAAGGGCCCCACCGCUUCCUCGCUGGCUAACUCUACACCUGGUUUGUCUGCAGAAUCCGGAGAGAGUAAGAACAUAACGGCUUCGGCGACGGGCAAGGGCAAGGAUGAAUGGGAUGAAAACUGGUAG